UUUUUAAACCAACCUGUUGUAACUACCCCUCCAUGAAAAACCUCGGCAGUUAGCGAACAGUAGAGGUGGAACAAGCGAGGGGUAGGAGAGCCAGUGACACAUUGAGUUCAACCAUUCGCUGUUCAUAGACGGAUCGAACGCGUUUGUUUUUCGUCGUUCAAAAAAAUAAAUUAAAAAAAAAAUAUGACGUUUUCAUUUGGAGUGCGUGUGUUUUAAAGUGGAUUUAAUUUCAACACAGUUCGCUUGGAGAAAAAUAAAGAACGAAAACUCAAGAUGCUGUGAUCGGUUGAGAUUAUGCUAGCAUGGAAGGUUCUCGACGGCGGAGGAGAAAGAAUGUUCUUCCCCGGAUACCAAAAUGGUGGUGGUGGACGGUUGCUGUCCUACUUAUAUCCAUGCAAACACAGGCGGUCUACGCACUUGAUAUGUGGUGGCAGCUUGGCGUGUCAGGACUAGAGAAGUGGAACAACCCUCAUAUUCUGAUGCUGGGGGCCCAGCCAGGCAUCUGCACCCAGUUAAAGGGCCUCUCGGCCCGGCAGAUCAAGUUCUGUCAGCAGUACCACGACCACAUGCCCAGUAUAGGACGCGGCGCCAAGCUGGGGAUAGCCGAAUGCCAGUUCCAAUUUAGGCUCCGGAGGUGGAACUGCAGCACGGUGCAGGAUUCUUCCGUUUUUGGACCAAUCAUACAAAUAC